AUUUUAAAAAGAAGAAGAGUGCAUGUCUAACCUUCUAACGGUUGUUGAUUAUUGUGGGGUUGAAUUUUUAAUUAUUUUAUUAUAAAUACGGGAUAUUUAAUAAGAAUUGAAGAUAAUGGAAACGAUAUUAGAACAACAGCGACGUUAUCAUGAAGAGAAAGAGCGUCUUGUCGAUACAAUGACCAAGGAAAUGCUUCAAAAGAAAAUCAGUUACAGAGAACAAAUAAAUUCGGAUCAUCGCAUGAAAUACCUCCUGGACAGGUACAUGACUUCGACGAAUCGUCUUAUCGACCUGUACGAAGAUAAAGAUGGUCAAAGAAAAGCUGAAGUGGCCGCUCUCACUGGGCCCAAUGAAUUCAAUGAGUUUUACAGCAGGUUGAAGCAAAUUAAGGAUUUUUAUAGGAAACAUCCCAACGAGAUUAGUGUUCCCAUGUCGGUGGAGUUUGAUGAACUGACAAAAGCCAGAGAGAACCCAUCUGAAGAAAUGUCAAAUUUGGUUGAGUUUACUGAUGAAGAAGGGUAUGGGAAGUUUUUAGAUUUGCAUGAGUGUUAUGAAAAGUAUAUUAAUUUAAAAGGCAUUGAGAAAGUAGACUAUAUAACGUACUUGGGCAUGUUUGAUCAGUUAUAUGACAUACCAAAAGAGCGUAAAUCAGGUGAAUAUAGGAAAUAUUUACUCUGCCUUAUUGAAUACCUUUCGUGGUUCGUUCAAAGAAUCAAACCGCUCACUGAUCUGGAUGCCAUACUGGAAGAGGAAGUUAAUAAUACUCUACCACAGUGGGAGAAUGGAAAUUGUCCAGGAUGGCCAAAAGAAACAGGGUCAGCUUUAGCUAAUGUCGGUGCUCAUCUGGACCUAUCUGCUUUCUCCAGUUGGGAGGAGUUAGCUUCUCUGGGUUUGGACAGGUUGAAGUCAGCCUUGUUGGCCUUGGGACUUAAAUGUGGAGGGACACUGGAAGAAAGGGCUCAAAGAUUAUUCUCUACUAAAGGGCAGAGUUCUUUGGAUCCAUCUCUAAUGACAAAAUCAACUAAAGGAAAAGCUAGUAAGGACAAGGAACUUUUGCGUCAUAGAGAGUUGGCUAUGUUAGAAGCCCAGAUCUAUAAGUUAGCUGAUAUUGUCAGUCCUCAAAGAGGGGCAACCAAAGAGAACGUGCAACGCAAACAAGCAAGAACCGACGGAGAAAGAGACGACAGCGAAAACGAAGAGUCCGAAGAUGACAGUCCCGAUGAAAAUGACGAUGACGUCCCUUACAAUCCCAAAAACCUUCCUUUGGGUUGGGACGGAAAACCUAUACCAUACUGGUUAUACAAAUUGCAUGGUCUAAACAUAAGUUACAACUGUGAAAUUUGCGGAAAUUACGUGUACAAGGGUCCCAAAGCGUUCCAGAGGCAUUUUGCUGAGUGGAGACACGCCCACGGGAUGAGGUGUCUGGGGAUACCAAACACCGCCCAUUUUGCUAAUGUCACGCAAAUCGAAGAUGCUCUUGCACUGUGGGAAAAACUGAAAGUUCAAAAACAGGCGGAAAGGUGGCAGCCUGAAACUGAAGAAGAGUACGAAGACUCGCAAGGAAACGUCGUGAACAGGAAAACAUACGAAGAUCUUAAAAGACAAGGCCUACUUUAAGUCAAACAAUAUAAUAUAUCCAAUAUUAAACAAUUAUAUUUAGUCAUUUUUAUUAUGUGUGUGUGAGCAUUUUGUAUUACAUUUCAUGAAUGUCUGUAAGUAAUUAUUAUUAUAAAAUAAAAAUUAGGAAU